CCAAUGCCCAUGUGACCACCCUCUGUCACACUGAAACAUUACCCCUCUACCUCUUUAAUCAACAAAAAUAAUACUCCAAUAAAAUAAUCAAACACCGCCCUCUGCCCCUCUCUCACUUGUGACUUCCCAUUCUUGCUACUAGUCACUCUUCUUCUCACCAAUGGCUGCAGUUUCUCUCCCUCUUUUGAGGAUUGUUGUUCUUGCGGUCUGCUCGUUCCUUUUACUAUGCCUUGCUCUGAGCCCGAACGCGCUGGCCGUAGCGCAGAUCGAAGAAACGAGCUUGAAUCUGAUGUCAGAUGCACUAGAAUGGCCAACGGCGACCAUGUCUUCGCUGUACGAUGCUGAUGUGGAGGAAGAGAUCGAAGAUGAGGAGGUAGAAGGAGGCCGUGGUAACGGACGGCGAUCCCUGUUCUGGAGAAGGAUGAAGUACUACAUCUCUUACGGUGCACUUUCGGCGAACAGGAUCCCCUGUCCACCACGAUCCGGUAGAUCUUACUACACACACAACUGUUUCAAGGCAAGAGGACCCGCUCACCCUUACACCAGAGGUUGCUCCAUCAUCACCCGCUGCAGGAGAUAGAUGACAACAAUCGCAUUCUUCACCGCUACUCCACAACACUACUUUGUUUGGAAAUGCAAAUAAAGGAUCGCAAUGUAGGUUCUCUGUUUCUUUAAUUUAUUAUGCAGUACCUCUACUUAUAAUUCUAGAUCUGGCUUUUUUGGAAUUUAGUGAUGAUUUUGUUACCAAGUGUGUCUUAUUACUUAUGAGGUGACUUUCUUCCGUAGCUGCGUUGCAUCACCUUGUUGCAUGCGCUGCAGAUAUGAAAUGAUGAAUGUGUUUUAUUCCUUUGUAAUCUAUGAAUCAAAUUCAUGAAAUUUUUCAAUCUCUAAGCAGAAA